UUACCACGCUGCAUUAUACGCUUAUUAUAUGAAAAAAUACCAUUGGUUUUGAGUUAAAACUAUUGCAGCUGCGGCGAAAUGAAGUUCUUCAUUUUGCUGUCAUUCUUAUUGGUCUGUCAAGGACAUAGGGAUGAUGAGGAAAACAUAAUAGCAGAUUUAUGCUUCAAGCCAGAUUCGGGACCUCCUUGCCAGAAACUAAAAACAUAUUAUUGGGACAAGCAAAAGAAUCAAUGUGUACUAUCCAGAUAUUUAAUGCAGCCUUGUGGAUUCUUUCACGUGAUGGACACGUGCGAUAAAAUAUGCGCCAAGGAAUCGUGGACAAUAUCUCUAUUGGAAUUAUAUGUUAAAGAGCUGCCUUAAAAUAUACUUGCUUUUCUGUUGUCAACUCUUAUAGUUGACAUUUAAGAA